GGGGGCCAGGACGAGAGAGCGGCAAAUGGCGGCGGGGCCGGCCGGUUCCCGCGCCGCGGCGAGGUGAAGGCCCGCCUCUCGUCCAAGCCUGAGGAGGCCGCGGCGCCGGCAUGGCCGGGAUCAUCAAGAAGCAGAUCCUGAAACACCUGUCCCGAUUCACUAAGAAUCUUUCUCCAGACAAGAUCAACUUGAGCACACUGAAAGGGGAGGGUCAGCUGACUAACCUGGAGCUGGAUGAAGAGGUCCUACAGAAUGUGCUGGAUCUGCCUACUUGGCUAGCCAUCACUAGGGUUUACUGCAACCGGGCCUCCAUCCGGAUCCAGUGGACGAAGUUGAAGACACACCCAAUUUGCUUGUGUCUGGAUAAGGUGGAGGUGGAGAUGAAGACCUGUGAGGAGCCGCGGCCCCCCAAUGGACAGUCUCCCAUUGCCCUUGCUUCAGGACAGAGUGAGUACGGCUUUGCUGAGAAGGUGGUGGAGGGGAUGUUCAUCGUUGUCAACUCCAUCACCAUCAGGAUCUGUGCCAAGGCCUUCCAUGCUUCUUUUGAAUUGUGGCAGCUCCAGGGCUACAGUGUCAACCCCAGCUGGCAGCAGAGUGACCUUCGUCUAACUCGUAUCACUGACCCCCGUCGAGGAGAGGUUUUAACAUUUAAGGAAAUAACUUGGCAGACACUUCGAAUUGAGGCAGAUGCAACAGAAAAUGGUGAUCAGGACCCUGUUACCACUCCAUUGAGGCUUAUUACCAACCAAGGCAGGAUCCAGAUAGCCCUCAAGAGAAGAACCAAAGACUGCAAUGUGGUAGCCUCCAAGCUCAUGUUCCUGCUGGAUGACCUGCUCUGGGUGCUGACUGACUCACAGCUCAAGGCUAUGCUGAAGUAUGCCGAGUCACUGAGUGAGGCCAUGGAGAAGUCAGCUCAGCAAAGAAAGAGCCUGGCCCCAGAGCCUGUGCAGAUUACUCCACCUGCUCCCAGUGUCCAGCAGACCUGGGCCCAGGCAUUUGGCGGCAGCCAGGGCAACAGUAGCAGCAGCCGCCUCAGCCAGUACUUUGAGAAGUUCGAUGUGAAAGAGUCUUCCUACCAUCUCCUCAUCUCCCGCUUGGACCUGCACAUUUGUGAUGACAGCCAGUCCCGAGAGCCAGGUGUGUCUGCAAACAGGCUCACGGGCGGUGCCAUGCAGCUUACCUUCCGCCAGAUGGCCUUUGACUACUAUCCCUUCCACUGGGCAGGUGACAGCUGUAAACACUGGGUGCAGCACUGUGAGGCUAUGGAGACUCGAGGUCACUGGGCCCAGAAGCUGGUGAUGGAAUUUCAGAGUAAGAUGGAAAAGUGGCAUGAAGAUACGGGCCUGAAACCACCUUGGAAUCUGGGGGUAGACUCUCCCUUCCGGAGGAAAGCAGAUUCUUUCUCCAGUCCCCGAAAGAACCCUCUUGAAAAAGUCCCCUCUCAGGGCCGACAGGCUGCCUUUGGGCCUCCAGCGUGGAAUCGCUUACGUUCUAGCUGCCUGGUUAUACGAGUGGAUGACCUGGACAUCCACCAGGUUUCUACAGCUGGCCAGCCAAGUAAGAAGCCAUCCACUCUCCUGUCCUGCAGUCGUAAACUCCACAACCUCCCUUCUCAGGUCUCUGCCAUUCAUGUGGAGUUCACAGAGUAUUACUUCCCAGAUAGCCCGGAGCUUCCAGUUCCCUGCCCCAAUCUCUAUAUUCAGUUAAAUGGUCUGACAUUUACUGUGGAUCCUGUCAGCUUGCUCUGGGGAAACCUCUUCUGCCUGGAUUUAUACCGUAGCUUGGAACAGUUCAAAGCUAUCUAUAAGUUGGAAGAUUCCAGGCAGAAAGAUGAACACUUGGACAUCCGACUGGAUGCUUUCCGGUUGAAGGUGAACUUCCCACUGGAGAAGAGAGAGCAGGCGAGGCUGCGUCGUCCCCAGGCCCUUGUCUUCUUCACGUCCAGCAUGGUGGCCACCAAUACCCGGCACGCGCCGCACUGUAGCUGCCAGGAUCUCCAAAGUCUCUUCCGGGGUUUCGCUGCCGUUGAGUUCUUUCGCUCUAAUUAUAGUCGCUUUCCCAAGGUUCCGGGUGGCUUUAGCCUGCUGCACAUGCUGUUUCUGCAUCAUGCUUUCCAGAUGGAAUCUAGCUCCCCUCAGCCUAGUCCUCUACCUCCCCACAGGCCCACAGCUUCCCAGGAUCUCUGGUCCAUCCACUUCACCCAGAUCUCCUUGGACUUUGAAGGCACAGAGCACUUCAAAGGCCAGGCCUUGAAUUUUGUGGCGCCCUUCCCCUUGUCCAUUUGGGCUUGCCUUCCUCUUCGCUGGCAGCAAGCACAGGCACGGCGGCUCCUUUUGGCUUCAGAGGGGAGGCUGAAACCAUCAGCCAGCUUUGGCAGUCCCGUCCGUUCUGAGACUCUUGCUUCUGAUUCUGUGUCCCGUCAGAGGUCGAAGACUGAGCGUGAUUUGAGGAGCCUGUCAGGCCUCAUGGAAGUCCCGGACACUGCAAGAGAAGCUAGUGGUGGUGUGGGCCACAAAGGGCCCCUGACCGAGCUGGAGGAUGUGGCAGAUGCUCACCUGCUUGUACAUUCCCCUGCCCAUGUGCGCGUUAGGCUUGAUCACUACCAGUACUUGGCGCUGCUCCGCCUAAAGGACGUGCUCCAGGGGCUUCAGGAGCAGCUGACCAAGGAUACGGAAGCCAUGACGGGCUCUCCCAUGCCAGACCAGAGAGUGUGCAUUGGCGCCCUCUUCCCCAGUGCCGAGGUGGCUCUGCUCAUGCAGCCUGCUCCUGGGACUGCUGGUGCUGACUGUGCAGGCUCAGACGCCACCAGCCUCGCAGACUCAGAGCUCUCUCCUUCGGAGGAUCGGGAGCUGAAGUCGGAUGCCUCUUCAGACCAGGUCCCUGUGAGCCCUGAGAAGGUGCUGGAGGACAGCAGUGCUGGCACUCUGCACGCAUCCCAAGAAAGGCUGCAUGGUGAUGGAGAACUGCAGGACGCGGGUCCACUAGUAGCACGGCCGGCACUCAAGGGCCGUGAGGCAGUCGAGUCCCUACAGGCCAAGAGGCAGAGCAGCGUGCACCCCGCUAGCCCCCCUGCUGUGUUGGCCUUCCCGGCUGGCAGGGAAGCUGCUGUGAAUGGACAAGGGGAGCCUGUGCCCUUGAGAAACAUUGAGGGAGAGCUGUCGAGUGCUAUCCACAUGACCAGGGAUGCCACCAAGGAGGCUCUCCAUGCCACCAUGGACCUCACCAAGGAAGCUGUGUCCUUGACCAAGGAUGCCUUCAGCCUGGGCAGAGAUCGAAUGACCUCCACUAUGCACAAGAUGUUGUCCCUGCCCCCGGCCAAAGAGCCUUUGGCUAAGUCAGACGAGGGGUUGGCAGCCCCAGUGAGCGCAGGUGCUGCCCGACUGCGGUUUUUCUCCAUGAAGAGGACAGUAUCGCAGCAGUCAUUUGAUGGUGUCUCACUGGAUAACAGCGGCCCUGAAGAUCGGAUUUCAGUGGACAGUGAUAGCAGUGACAACUUUGUGACACUUUUAGAGUCCGAGUCUGGCCCAGAAUUGGUUCCACCAGGAUCUCUGACAAGUGUUUUGGGUGAUACUGGAGUUCACGGGGGCCUAGUUGUGGAUAAUUGUGGCCGGGGGUCUCCAGAAGCCAACAGUUCUGUUUCACCCAGUGGUGAUCUCAUCCUUCACUCGGUCUCAGUUUUGGUCCUGAAGGUCAGUGAGGUAUCCUGUGGGAUUGAGGUUCGUGGUGAGGACCUGACUAUAGCCUUGCAAGCAGAGGAACUAACCCUGCAGCAGCUGGGCACCGUGCAACUCUGGCAGUUUCUUCAUGGACAGUGCCCAGGUUCAAGGUUUCAGGAAUCUUCAGAUUUGAAGACUGGCCACAUUAGACCCUCGGUGGGACUUCGCUUUGAGGUGGGGCCUCAUGCAGCUCUUCACUCCCCACUGGCUGCACAGAAUGGCUUCCUGCAUUUCUUGCUUAGUGGCUGUGACCUUGAGCUGCUCACAUCAGUGCUCAGUGGCCUAGGGCCUUUCUUGGAGGAUGAGGAAAUCCCUGUGGUUGUCCCCAUGCAGAUUGAGCUCCUCAACUCCAGUAUCACCCUGAAGGAUGAUAUUCCCCCCAUCUAUCCAACAUCCCCAGGACCCAUCCCCAUCACUCUGGCCAUGGAACACGUUGUGCUGAAGCGGGGUGACGAUGGUGUAUUUCACGUGGGCGCUACUGCUCAGGACAGACCACUGGCUGAAGUGCCUCAAAGCGACAGGCGGCAGCUCAUAGGAGAGCAGGGGUGCCCGAGGCCGGCAGAAGAGGCUUUUGGCCAGCAGGUGAAAGAAGUGGGCACUCUACAGAAAGAACUCAUGGAAACUAAGCAAGCACUGGCUAGUGCCAACCAGGACAGAGAAAAACUUCUCCAGGAGAUCAGGAAAUACAACCCUCUCUUUGAGCUCUGAGAGUAGUGACUCAGCCAGCGGUGCCAAGGAGACAUCACCAGCAAUAGCAGUGCCUGGGACAGAAGGCGCUUUCAGCGUGUGUGAUCUGCUGAGGAUGCCAGAGGGACUGAAGCCUCGCUCCCUUCUGUGCGUGUUGCUUGUUGGCCAUUCUAAGCUGGGUGGAGGACGAGGCUGACACCACAGAGCCCAGGCACUGGGUAGUCCUGUACCUGUGCACCAUGUCUUGCCUGGAUGAAGCCUUUUGUCCUCUGCAUACCAAGUGGACUCUGCUCCCCACUGCAGGGAGAUCCCAUGGCUUCCUUCACAGCUCGUAUGGAUAAGUGCAAGUACUCACCACCACAGUCACCCACAGGGCCACCAAAGAUCCCUCGUCCCAGAGCUUGUUGCAGAACACAUAAAAAGUCCUUGGUCAGUGUUGGUUUGACUAGUGGAGAAGAACAGGAAUUAGUCCAGCUUGGGGGUAGGGGCAGGGCAGCCCUAAUCAGGGAGACAUGGCUUCUUGUUUUGGAAUGGGAACUAAGCUCCUAUCAUUGUGGCUGAAUUUUCAAGGACAAGUUUCUGUUCUGUUGAAUUCCAUCAUUGUGAUGCUGUGGUAGAAAUACAGCAGUAACCAUGUGAUGUUUAAAUCACACUGCACGAGUCACUGUGAGCUGGGCUGAGGGUAAGAUAGGCUAGGGAUCACGAGGAAAGCUUGGUUCUCAGCUCCCUGGAGGCCUGCCCUCUUCCCAGCUGUCCCUGAGAGAGUGCAGCUUCUCUCCUGGGCUUCUUGGUGCCUGCUCUCUCAGUGUUGACAGCCAUGCUCAUUUGGCACUUGGUGGUUUGGGAGCUCAAUGUGUUUGAAACUUGGUUAUAAACAUCUCAGCCUGCUCACUCCCUGUUACUGUGGCUUUUCCCCCUGCCCUGUAAAAGAGGUACCCCCUUUCUCAUUCUUAGAAAGUGUCAUCAUGCUGCUGCUGUGUUGUUUUCCACUGGGCUGACUGGAUGGAGCUCAUUGCUCCCCGGCCUCACCCUGACUUGGCAAGAUGGUAAAUAAUGUUAGUGAUGCCACUAACAUCCUGCAGCGUAACUUCAUGGGGAAUCCUGCUUGACUGGCACCCUAGUUUUGGAGUUAAGAGAAACAGUGCCCAUGAAGGAGCCAGAUCUCAUGUGCUUGGACUGGCAAGGGACUUGUGUCAGGUUCUUCACCGAGGUACACUUUUCCUAAUUUUAAAUUUGUUUCCACAAAUUAGACCUAGGAUUAAAAAGAAAAACAACAAAAAACCUUUCCUGAGAUGUUACAGGUGAAACUUCUUAAGGAUUGAUGCUCAGUUCAACCUUUUUUUUUUCCUUAAAGCACAGUGAAUGACUAGACACCUCACACUGCCCUUUGCACACUAAGCGCUCCUAGAAUUUUGUGUGCAGAAAUUUGGAGGCUGGUCAGUGGGAGACGUACCAAAGACACACCCUAGACCAGUACUAUGACCCUAAGUUACUCUGGCUGCAUGAUGUUUGUGUGGAUUGCUAGAUCUGAACUCAAAAAGAAACUGCUACCAGCCGUAGAUGGAAGCAGUGUACGUCACAGCAGCCAUACAACAUUUUAAAGAAAUAAAUGACCUAAAAGAAUUUAAAAUGAAAUAUGUUGCUACUUCCAGGAGAUGGAAAGUGGAGCAGAGGGACAACAAAAUCAAAACUACAAAGUCACAGAAAGGUCACAACGGGCAGGGGUGUGACCACUCAGAAGUGACUGGUGAGGGCUCACCACAGGAAGUGCGAGAAUGCUCAGCUGAUGCGGCAGGUGCAUGCAGGCUCAGUGGAGUAUGUGUGUGUGGAGGCCUGCUCUAUCUUGUCUCAGACCUCACAAGACAAAACACGACAUGCAUUUGAAAAACACCAGGAAAUAAUCUACAGCCUUGCUGAGUGGAUCAGUGUGCCAGCAUCCUCAGGAAGGAUGCUGUAGACAAGAGCUGUCCUCAUGCCGAGCUAUGGGAAUGGAAAAAUCCAACCACUUGGCAUUUCUAGCAACCUCAUUUAUCCACAGAUGGAGAAGGAGCAGAGGUCUAGAGAAUAGCGACUGUAAGCAGGAGUGGGAUGGAAGGUGAGAGCUGAGGGGAGCGUGUACCCACAGACCCAGCCAAGACCAAAGACCCACUCCUGACACACGAGCUAUAGGGCCGUCACUCAUUUGUGGUGAGGAGCUUGGAAAGCUGGGUGUCCAAGAAGUGGCACUUGAAUUUUCUAAAGUUCUUGGAGGGAAGAGGGAACUCCUGUCACCAGAAAAUAGCAUUAUUCAGCCUCAGGUUCAUCCAAAUUAGUUUCAAAUCACAUCCUUUUUUUCCUGCCCACCCUCUAGCAUCUCUCUAUGAAAAGAUGCAUCAUAUUGCUUGGUGUGUUUUUCCAGUAAGCUUGCAGAGGAGCUGCGUCCGGUCAGUCCAGAGCUGUCAGGUUUCUUAUCCUUGCAGACAAGAGCCUUAUCCACGGGAGGAAAAUGGAGCCUUAGAAUGUCGGACUUUCCUUCCAUGGCAGGUUUGGCCACUGGAACCUCCAUCUUGUGAGACUUCAGUGUGAGUUCAUCCUCCUGUUCACUGGGGGAUGAGGAUAGGAAUUUCUCAUAAUGAAGAAAUGUGAAUUGGUAGGGACCUUUGGGAUGUGUGAAUAAUAAUAAAGUGAAGCAGACAAGUGUCAGCUUUUCUGGACUGCGUAUGCUUUCUGCCUUGAAGCUGCAAGACUGAACAAGAAAUAAUACCUCAAGGACACGUCUGGAGUGACAGCACCACCGUCCCAUCCCUCAGAGGCAUCAGCCACCACACAUCACUUCAGCUGUGAAGCACUUACAACCAUGUGUCACUCAUGACUGUCUAGACUUCUGUUUACACGCAUGUACCAGGGAUGCGCGGUAGCGCAUGGACUAAGCCGUCCUGUACAGGGAUGGCUGCCAAUCUCAAAAGACUGUGCACUCACUGCAGUAAUAGCGUCUCUGAUGUAGAACUACAGUGAGACCUUGACUUGACAGUACAUCUGCCUUCUUUCUGCCACGGGACUCAGCCUGUUACACUUCUAUUCCCCUGAUUCUGAAAGAACAGUACCUGUGUGCAGACAGACAAAAGACCACCCCCCCCCAUCCCGCUCAAACCCACCCGGUAACAAUGCUCCUGUGUAACUCACUUGGUUUCCCCCUCAGAAGCAAGAGUGGGGAGAAGGCAGGUUGAAGUUCAUUCUGAGCCUUUACACUAGGUGUUUGCUUGUCCUCCUUAUGCCUGAACUUCUCAAGCCAGUCACAGUAAUGACAACCGGCUUUGCUACCCAAGCUAGUAUGGGGAUGUGAAUGAGAACUGCCAGUUGUGUCGCUGCCUUCAUCAGUUCUGGGGAGUCGGGUUGAUGCCCUAUCCUUUCAGACAAGAGUCUUUUCCUGCUAAGAGAGGCAUAGUCCAUUCCCCUCAGUAGCUGUUACUGAAGGACAUUUUUCUCCCAACUGCACAAGGGAAGUACUCUUGUAUAACCUAAACAAUGAGGCCUUACUUAGUGGCCAGACCUGGGAUUUGAUCUUCCUCUACUUUUAGCCUUAUCCACUAUCUCUUAAUUGCAUAGGUGUAGUUCCUUCAUGUUAACCCCUGUUACAGCCAAGAGAAACCUUUUUUUUUUUUUUUUGGUCAGUUUCUUAGUUUUUGGUCAAGAGUCUGCCUUCUUUGUGGGAUGCUUUGUUUGUUGAAGUAUCUUCCUCAUGAAGCCAGUGUUUCAUGUAAACCACUCAUGUCAGGUCUGUCCAACUGCGUGAGUCUGAGCUGUUUCCCGCCUCAGGGUGCUAAACAGAAUUAGAAUCUUUACUAAGACUUGCUCAGGAAAGCUUAGAGAGAAAACAGCUUCAAGCCCUUCUCCCUCAACACUGAACUAGGUGGACAGGAAGCAGCGCUGUCAGAAGGGCAGCUGUGCUCAGUAGCCUUACUACUGCUAAUCGCUGUCGAGAAAAGGUCACUCCAUGUUUUGAGGAAAACUACGAGAGUGUAUGUGAUGGACUGGAACCUGGUCAGUAUUGGGAAAUUUUAAUGUUGCAAUAUCUAAUCAAAUUCUGAGUGUACUGGUUCUGUGAACCACCUGAAAAAAGCAAAUUAAACUUACUAAACAAUA